AUGGCCGACACACAUCCGGACUCCGGCCUCCGGAAGCGCCGCGCAAGUUUCGUACAAUCCGCCAAGGAUGUAGAACAGAAGAUCGCCUCGGCGUUGCUUGUGCUGUGGGAUGACCUGCCGUCCUGGCGGCGUGAUAACCAUUACAUCGUCACGGGAUACCGUCCGGACAGCAACAGCUACUGGCGGUCCUUCACCUCCAUCUUCUACGUCCAUAACGAUUUCGUUAACAUCUGGACGCAUCUCCUCGGCGCCAUCUUCUUUCCCUCCGUAGGAGCCUGGUUGUAUCACGUUAUUGCGCCUCGGUACGCAUCUGCCAAUAGCUCGGACGUGUUGGUGUUCGCUUGUUUCUUUACUGGCGCAGUUCUGUGUCUUGGUAUGAGCGCUACGUUCCGGUAUGUUUGA